AUGAGCGGACCAAAGAGUUCCUCACCUACAAAAGAAAUCAAGGUAUCUAUUCGACGUCGUUUACUGUAUUCCUGCAAAGAGAAUGGAAGAUGUGUGGUGGAUGUAAUGCGAAGAAAUCAGUGCCAGGCCUGUCGACUAGAAAAAUGUCUUCGAGUGAAUAUGAAUAGACACGCCGUGCAACACGAACGUCCGAAUGGAAAGGAGCGAUGGCAGGACCCACCUGAAGCUAAAGUAUCAAACGAUAGGAAAGCCGUACUUAAUGGCAUCACAGCGACUUACGACACCCGACAAUGUCAUGACAGACUCAAAAGUGACUUUUCUAUCUCUCGACUCGUUUCUUCAUCUUACGAGAGCUCUCUCAUCUCGCUGAUACACUGCUGGUCAUCAUCUCCACCAGCGUCAACGCUGCAAGCAGAGGAUAGAAAGGUACUUUUCAGCAACUCGUGGCACUACAUCUUUUUUCUCAGCAAAAUAACUCAGCUUGCUGCUUCCAUUCCCGGACUUGUCACGGAAGAAGAGAUUGUUCUAGGCUCAGGAAAAAUUUGUCUUAUCGCGAAGUUUGUUACAAGUGUGCAGUUGUCGCCUCUAGAGCAAUGGUGCGUGACUAACGUGCUCCUAUACAGACCUGAGUGCGAGGGACUUAGAUGUCGCCGGCAAAUUCGUGAGAUUCAGAGUGAAUCAGCAGCCAUACUAAGCGGUUGUUUGAAUACCCGAGCAGCUCUGCAGGGACCAGCUCAGUCAUCGUUCCUGCUGCUAACUUUACCAUGCAUUGCACAGAUCACCAAUGAGGAAAUACGUACUCACUUUUUCGCUGAUAAAACUCUUUCCGACAUAGAAGGAUUGUUGAAAUUGAUCUAG